AGGGGAAGUAAAUGCUCAAUCUGUCUUAAAGACGCACUCAGUCCACAGUCGGACACACCGAGAGGAUCACGAUGGUUCAGUUCAGCUGGAUUAAAGUGUCUUUGUCUGUGGUGCUGCUGCUUCAGUUCACAGCAGUAACUGGACAAAACCAACCCUUCACUGUCAGAGUUGGAGAUGACGUCACUUUGCCGUGUGGAAAUGUGACGAAAGAUCAGAACAAAUGUGACACAACUACCUGGAAAGUCAUAUGGAAGGAGGUGGAUGCAGCAGUAGAGCUGGUUCAUCUUGGGCAGAUUAGGAAAUAUUCGAUUAUCGAAGAUAUAUCAGGCAGACUGAGUGUUACAGAGAAUUGUUCUCUGGUUAUAAAGAAGGUCACAGUCGGGGAUGUUGGUCGUUACACCUGCCUCAAAUCAGGAGAACAACAAGGUCCAGACUCUCAUGUUUAUCUGUCUGUUGUUCACAUUGAAAAACAACAGGCAAAUGAUUCUGUCGUCUUGACCUGCGCUGUGGUGACAUAUGCAGGUUGUGGAUACACAGUGCAGUGGCUGCAUGAUGAUGAUAAGCCUGUCACAGAGACAUCACAGUUUGGCUGUUCAGCCAUCAUGACAUUUAAAAAGUCAGAUAACGUGUUGCUCAAGUGUAAAGUGACAGAUGAUGAGAGUGGACGAACCCUGCUGUCUUCUUUUAGCCUCCAGUCAUCAGCAGUAACUGGACAAAACCAACGCCCCAUUGUCAGAGUUGGAGAUGACGUCACUUUGCCGUGUGGAAAUGUGAUGAAAGAUCAGAACAAAUGUGACACAACUACCUGGACCUCAAGAUGGAAGGAGAGGGAUGCAGCAGUACAGCUGGUUACUCUUGGACAGAUUAGUAAACGUGAAGCUAAAUCAGACAGACUGAGUGUUACAGAGAAUUGUUCUCUGGUUAUAAAGAAGGUCACAGUCGACGAUGUUGGUCGUUACACCUGCCUCAAAUCAGGAAAACAACAAGAUCCAGACUCUCAUGUUUAUCUGACUGUUGUUAAAAUUGACAAAGAUCAGACUGAUGAAUCUGUCUACUUGUCCUGCGAUGUGCUGACAUAUGCAGGUUGUGGAUACACAGUGCAGUGGCUGUAUGAUGAUGAUAAGCCUGUCACAGACACAGUAAAGUCUGACUGUGCAGACAUCAUGACAUUUAGUUUUCAUCAUCAUCAAAAGUCAGAUAACGUGUUGCUCAAGUGUAAAGUGACAGAUGAUGAGAGUGGACGAACCCUGCUGUCUUCUUUUAGCCUCCAGUCAUCAGCAAAUGGGGGAAACAAAACGUCAUCUGCAGAGGACGACGCUCCAACACAUGGUAACUUGUGGAUCAUCAUUGUGUCUGUGGGUUCGGCAGCACUCCUAAUCGUCAUUGUGGCGGUCAUGAUAUGGAAGAAAUCUAAAGGGAGGGAAACACAGACGGACGGAAACACGGAACAGAGCUUGAACCCUGCAGAGACUCUGUCUGCUCCACAGACCAGCGAGGACACGACCGAUCCUGAAGAUGGUGUUCCCUACGCCUCCAUCAGCUUCAUCAGGCAGACCGACAGUGAAGCCCGGGUCUGUGGAGAUGGUGAUGAUGCAGUGACCUACGCCACCGUCAAACCCUCCUCUUCUUCUGCUGGAGCCUCUGCUGAUCUCUACGCCACCGUCAACCAUCCAAAGACAAACGGGGCCGCAGUGUAGUUACAGCUCAGGUCAGCUCGGCUGCACCUCGUUACUGUUUUUCUUUUUAUCAUUCUUAUAUCGUAGCUUUAGAUUUCUGUUCUUACAUGAACAUGGGACCAUGUGUUUUGUUCGGGAUUGGACCUGGGGUGUAGUAGGUCAAGUAGUAG